AUGUCAAUUACACACAUUACCUCCCUUUCGCAACUCAACGGCAUCUUGUCGAAAGACAAGAAUAAACUCUCCGUCAUCGACUUUCACGCAACAUGGUGUGGGCCAUGCCAUAUGAUAGCUCCAACGUUUGAGGCACUAUCCAAGCAGUACCAGAAUGUUAACUUCCUGAAGUGUGACGUGGACGCUGCGAGCGACGUUUCGGGGCAGUACAAAGUCGCAGCCAUGCCAACGUUUGUCUUCCUCAAGGGUAGCACGAAAGUAGAUGAAGUCCAAGGGGCAAACAGAGCAGCACUUGAGUCCACCGUGCGCAAACAUGCGUCUGGGUCGCCCUCCACAGCUACGUUUCAAGGAAAAGGACAGACCUUAGGUGGCUCGCCGGCCCCUUCCGCCCCCGAAUUGCCAGGUGCCAAUUUCUUCAGCAAACUUGAUCCCCAGGCGAAGGUCUUACUUGGCUUGCUCGGUGCUUAUUUCGUCUUCUGGUUGCUCAGCUAA